UUGAUACAUUACAGUAUUUUGGCACUAGGCGCCGAAGAGCGGAAAUUUCCGGCAGAAUUCAAAUUCGGAGUAGGUACGUCCGCGUACCAGAUCGAAGGAGCGUGGAAUGUCGACGGUAAAGGGGAAUCUAUUUGGGAUCACUUGUGCCACAAUUAUCCAGAAAAGAUCGCUGACCGAUCGAACGGUGAUGUGGCAUGCGAUAGUUACAACAAUUGGAAACGGGAUGUUGAAAUGAUACGGGAGCUAGGAGUAAACAUGUAUCGUUUCUCAAUGGCAUGGAGUAGGCUUCUGCCCACUGGAAUUAGCAACGAAAUUAACCAGGCUGGUGUUGAUUACUAUAAUAAACUGAUCAAUGAGCUGCUCCAAUAUGGUAUUGAACCAAUGGUAACGUUGUAUCAUUGGGAUCUGCCACAACGCUUGCAAGAGAUGGGAGGCUGGACGAACAGAGAAAUUAUAGGCCACUUUAAAGAGUAUGCCAGGACAGCGUUCGAACUGUUCGGGGAUCGAGUUAAAUGGUGGACUACAUUCAACGAGCCACUGCAAACUUGUUUGUUUUCUUAUGAGUAUGAUUCAAUGGCACCGGGCUAUGAUUUUGCGGCCAUUCCCUGCUACUUAUGUAGUCAUCAUCUUCUUCUAUCCCAUGCUGAAGCUGUUCAUCUGUACCGAACGCAGUUUCAACCUUCUCAAAAAGGCAUCAUCGGAAUCACGUCGGACACAUCUUGGAAUGAACCUAGAAGCGAUACUGCUGAGGAUCGAGAAGCUGCUCAUAGGUCAUUGCAGUUUUAUCUGGGCUGGUUCAUGAAUCCGAUAUUUUCCAAAACAGGAAACUACCCACAAGUAAUGAUUGAUCGUGUUGGCAACCUGAGUUUACUACAAGGUUUCAGCAGUUCACGCAUGCCCCAAUUUACAGAAGAUGAGAUCGAAAAACUGAAAGGAUCGUCUGAUUAUUUUGGAAUUAACACCUAUACGACAUCCAUCGUGUAUUCGAAUGAUGUUGAAAAUUCCGCAAAUUAUCGAAUUCCAUCAUUCGAUCACGAUCGAAAUGCAGUAGGGUUUCAGAAUCAGGAAUGGCCUGGUUCCGGAUCCGAUUGGCUUAAAGUUUAUCCCAAGGGAAUGUACAGCUUGUUGGGUUGGAUUCGUGACGAGUACAAUAAUCCGCCUGUGUAUGUAACUGAAAACGGUGUUAGUGAUCGUGGAGGUACCAAGGACCUAGCACGUAUAGACUACUACAACCAGUAUUUGAAUGCUGUCCUGGAUGCAAUGGAGGAAGGCAGUGACGUGCGAGGUUAUGUAGCUUGGAGUCUGAUGGAUAAUUUCGAAUGGCGAGCAGGACUGACAGAACGUUUCGGUUUGUACUAUGUUGAUUAUCAGGAUCCUAAAAGGACCAGAUAUGCAAAAAGCUCGGCUAAAGUGUACGCUAAUAUAAUAAAAACAAGAAUGAUCGAUCCGGACUAUUUACCUGAACCGGAAAUAUUCAUUCCGGAUUCUGGAUCCGGUCUGACGCAAGUAACCAGUGCUCCACGCAGAUGA